CCAGCCCCACCCCGAGAUGUCUCACCCUCACUCACUGCUCCCUCUGCACAUACCUUUGGGCAGCUACAAGAGGCAGGUUGCUGAGGGGGUAGGGGCCUUUCCUUCCAUGGUUCCCUGCUGUUUCUUGGUGGCCAUGCUGGCCCCUCUGGUGUUAGCCCUGGAACAGUCUCCAGACAUGGUGAUAAAAGAAGGCCAGUCUGUGAAUCUGGAAUGUUCCAAGAAGAAAUCCUCCAACAGAGCUAUGUACUGGUUCAUGCUGCCUUCAGAGAAGAAUUCCAGUUUGACCCAGAUGGUUUAUGCAUUCGAAGGUGCUACUGCAGUGGUGGAGAAAGGUUUUGAGAGCCAUUUCAAGAGCAGCAAUAUACAAGGAGACAGUAUCACCCUCUCAAUAGAACAUGCCUUUCUCAAUGACUCUGGCACAUACUACUGUGCUGAGAGUGAUCACAGUGGUGAGACUGCUGAGGGAGCUGAGCACAAACUUGUCCCUGCACAACCAGGACCUGCUUUCCACCUUGUGGGUGCUGCACGAGGCAGGAUGAUCACUUCUCACUCAUUAGCUGCUCUGCUUCCUUGCCUUGCCUUUCUCCUCUUCUCACAUGCAUACAGUUUAUUUGUCCAUUAUUGUCUCCAUGCCUCUCCAGGCCUCCCUCUGCAUUUAACUCUUAUUUGCACUAUACUUCAAUCAGCCCUUCUUCUCCUCUAUGUCUCCCUUCCCUUCUCCACCUUCUCCUUUCUGUCUUCAAUCUGCACUCCACUGACUUCCUCUUACCUAACUCCAGUCAACCCUGCAUAUACUUCUCACUGUGAAAAGGAAGGAGUGCUUGUGUGGGAAGUUCUUGGUGCACCUGUAGAUAAAGGCAGGCCUGGCAGGUGUGGAAGUAGCCAGCAGCAUGAGGGAGCUGCCCACAUGCUCCUCUGUUACAACGCCUGUUCUGUGGUUGUUUUGUGGCCAAGGAAUAUGAACAGCAGAGCACAAGCCUGUGCUAACUCAGGUAAAGUGUUAUGUGGAUCCCUAACUCCUCCAUGUAGAGUGGUGUCCGGGGCAGGAAACACUUUCCUUCCAGCCCUUGAUCCACAUACAGUUUAUCUUUAG